CGGUGGCCUGGCCGUGCCCGAGCCGGACCACGGCUAUCACAGCCUGGAGGAGGAGCAGCACCAGCACAGGGGCGUUUCUCGAGGAGAGGACGGAGGACGGCGGCCCGAGGAGCCGAGCGAGGCGGGGAGGCAGCCUGGAGGUGAGCCCUUGGAGCAGGAGGGGGUCCGUAGCUCAGCUGAGAAGCGGGUACUUGAGGAGGAAGCUUUGAGUGAGGAGGAGGAUGAUGAAGACUCCGAAAUAGAGCCAGACCUUCCAGUUUCAGCCCGACCUGCCUGUGCGAAUAAAUUAAUAGACUAUAUCAUAGGGGGAGUUUCUAGUGGGGAGGAGAGUGUGGAUGAUGAGGAAGACUGGGAUGAUGAUGACGACGGGUUUGAUAGCGAAGGGCUCCCCUCGGAUUCAGACGCCGCCAGCCACGACGGGGAACGGCUUCAUCUCUGGAAUUCCUUCUACAGUUUGGAUCCUUACAACCCUCAGAACUUCACAGCCACUAUUCAGACCUCUUCCACCGAUCCAGGAAAGGAUAUGUCGGAGGAGGAGGAGGAGGAUUCUUCGUGGGCAGAGUCGUCCUCGGGGUCUUCUCACUCUAGUUCUGAAGAAGAGGACGAGUGGGACUGUAGCAGCGUGGACGAGGCAGAAAACUUGAAACUUUGGAACUCCUUCUGUACCUCAGAUGAUCCGUAUAAUCCUUUAAAUUUUAAGGCAGCCUUUCAAACAGCAGAGAAAAAAGGGACGCCUGCUUUAAAAGGAGCAGAGAGGCCGAAUUUGGUCACUGCUGAGCAUAGUCAUGUAGCUGUCUGCCGGGUGCAGCUGGAAGAGCAGAACUGUGGGACCACUGAUGUGCAGGAUGACAUUAUUUCUCCUGAGAGAUGCAGAAGGACCAAGCGGAAAAAGGUGACCUUCCUUGAAAAAGUUACUGAGUAUUACAUAAGCAGCGAGGAGGAUCGGAAGGGGCCCUGGGAGGAGCUUGCACGAGAUGGCUGCAGGUUCCAGAAACGUAUCCAGGAAACAGAAGAAGCCAUAGGACACUGCUUCACAACAGAGCAUAGACAAAGAGUAUUUAACAGACUCCAGGAAACCUCCUACGAGAGGCUUGAUCUCUUCUAGCACCUUAAAAGAUGUGGUAGUGUGACCCUAAGCACUCACGGUGGUC